GCGGUAUAAGCAUAAGUACUGCGGUGGGCCCGUACAUCAGUGACAGUCGGCGCUUGGAGCCCAUGACUGAAGGAGGUAGCGCGGAUCAUUUCCAGAUAAGUUCUUCGUCUUUCGGAUUGCCCGAUAUUUUUACUGAGACGUUUUCACCCUUUCUUCUUAAACACUAAGAAUUGCUCACGCGGAGAAGUAGACCUGAAUUGAAAGCCGAACAGGUGUUGGGCUACAUCUUUUGUGACCUUCGUUUCAAACAACGAUGUUUUCAGCAAGUCAGAGCAGCACCAUGUUUCAGCUCGCUAAGGCCGCAGUCGGCUCUCGCCCAGUCCAGCUCUACCUUUGCCGCAUGACCUGUACAUCCAGCCCAGCCAAUGCGGCACAGGCCGGGGUGUGUCCGAUGGCUAACAACCAAGACAUGACGGAGGCCACAGCUGAUGUGGCUUUGGCGUCAGCGCCACAACCGCGGACAGGGUCUGUCACCGGGCCCAACGCGCUAUCGACGGCCAGACCAUAUGAGGAGGUGCCCGGUCCCAAAGGACUGCCGGUGUUGGGUACCCUGCUUGACUACACGAAACUCGGGGACUAUUCCUUGGAGAAGAUGCACGAGGCCAUUGUCGACCGCUUCAAGAAGUACGGGCCCAUCUACAAGGAGAACAUAGCAGGGGCGGAGGCUGUGCACAUCCUGGAUCCAAAGGAUGUGGCGGAUCUGUUCCGGAACGAGGGCAGGACGCCGCGCAGAAUCAUCAUGGAACCGAUGGCAUUCUACCGGAAAAUCCGCAAAAAGAACGCCGGUAUUGCAAACCUGCAAGGUGAACAGUGGCGGAAGUGGAGGAGCGCACUUCAACACAUCAUGCUCAAGCCAAAGAGCGUUGCAGACUGGAUCCCAAACAUGGAGGCUUGCGCCAACGACUUUAUCGAAAUGAUGGCGGCCCGCCGAGACGACAAAGGCGAGGUACCAGACUACCUUGGCCAGAUCCACAAGUGGGCUCUAGAAUCCUCUUUCUCCAUCGUCUUCGGCAAGAGAAUCGGGUGUCUUGACCCCAGCACAGACACUAACCCGGAUGCAGCCAAGCUCAUCUCCUCCACCAACGACUUCUUCACAGGUCUCUGUAAUCUCACCUUUGGCUUCCCGCUCUACAAGUACGGCAUCCGAACCAAGAAGUGGUCCAAAUUCGCUAACGCCCAAGAUCUCCUCUACAACACAGCAGUAAAGUACAUUCACCAGUACAUUGAGGAAAUGAACAACCGUGACGCCACAUCACCUGCAGACGGUCAAAAAGACAUAGGAGAUGAGCAAGCCACAGUUAUAGAUUAUCUGUUGAGAAGGGGCACCCUUGAGUUUGAAGAUCUCUGCACCUUAACCAAUGACUUGUUGUUAGCAGCCAUAGACACGACGUCCAAUCUCAUGGCAUUUUGCCUCUACUGUUUGGCGAAAAACCCAGAGGUUCAAGAACGACUUCACGAAGAGGUUAAUAGAGUUCUUCCAGCCGGCACGCCAGCAACAGCAGAGGCGCUGCAAACUAUACCGUACCUUAAAGCAGUUGUCAAGGAGACGACAAGAGUUUUCCCGCCUGUAGAUGGGACCAGCAGAUACUCCAAUGAUGAUAUCGCAGUAAGAGGAUACAGAAUACCCGCCAACACAUUAGUACGGGUCCACUGCCUGUCUGGUCAGAUGCCUCAGUACUUCAAAGAACACCACAAAUUCAAACCGGAGCGCUGGAUUCGAGGACACAAGGAGUUCGAGGACAUUGACCCGUUCUUAGUGCUCCCGUUCGGCACGGGGUCCAGAAUGUGUCUGGGACGCAGAUUGGCGGAGCAGGAGGUGUACCUUCUGUUGGCAAGGCUGGUUCAGAGAUUCACCAUCGAGUGGCACCAUGAGGACCUGGACUACUUGUUUCGUCUUACUAACGUCCCAAGUCGACCACUAGAGCUGACCUUCAAUGAUCGCGCAUGAGCUGUGAACCUGGAUCUUAUCGCAAGACAUGCGUGGAAGAAGCAAAGUGAACCCCUUCGGAGGAAUUCUGUAUCGAUUCACUCCAUUUGCCAAAAUAGUAACCCUUGUUUUAAUAAAAAAAAUAAUUUAAAUAACGUAAAUAAUAUCAUUGAAAGUUGAACCUGCAGCCUUUGGGCGCCUUGCCAUAUACAGUGUAUGCAUUUUGGGUCUGCUCCGUAUAUGCACACCCAUUUACUGUGUUUCACCCAUGUAUAUUUAAGUUGACACACCACAGUUUACGUACACGCACCCCCCAAAGCGUAAUGAAAUAGUGUCCAUGGAAAGGCACCUUUUACGAAACAGCCAAUUCCAUGUAGGCCUACCAUAGCCAAAACUGAAAACAUCUUCAAAACUACAGUAACCUUUACAAAUACGAUGUUUUGAACUACUGUUCGCAACAUAGUGUCAACAUGAAGUUGUGACUACCAGUUGAAAGUUCGUAUGUGUGUGUGUGUUUGUAAAUAAAAAAAGCUUAACAUUUUCGUUAAAACAAAUACUGGCAAGUGUUGGUUUCGUAUUGGUAUUUUAUUGUAUAGACAGGCCAUAAAACUACCGAAAGAUGUUCUAUUUACAAGACGACGCGAUGUGCUGUUAUGACGUAUUUUCAGCUUUCGUUCUUGACGAUGGGCUUGUGCAUUUUUCAGUACAAGACCGGAUCGGGAAAAUGUACGUAAAAUAGUAAAAAGUAACAGACAAUCGGAAAGAAGCGGGUUGAAUCUUGAGACCUAUAUCCCUUCCCAUUUUCCUACUUAUUUACUCUAAACGUGUCCCACACAUCAUAAACCGAUAUUUUUCUCUAAGUUGUUGUUUCAAUGUAAAUACGAAAAACGAGAAAUGCACCCUUUCGAUAGUUGUUCCGGUGUAUAAAAACGCAAAAAAACGAAAGUAGCCUAAAAAAUGUUCUCUCUGUAAAUUAGUGUAAAUACAGCCCGUAUGACAGAGGAGUAUACCAGAUAUUUUUUAUUAAUCUGUAUAUACUAUUAUUUCAAUAUUCAUUAAGGUAUUCAUCCAAGAGUGUGAUAACAGGGAGUGUGGCGUUGCCUAUAAGAAGAAGUCAGAAAUUUAUGUUCCGCAUUUCAUCUAUGUAAAUAAUUCUCACAUCGGUACAUCGCAUAUAGGAACCGACGGAUGCACUGAUCUCUAAUAGUCGACUCGGGAGUUAGAAGCUAAUGACAUGCACCUGAUAGAGGGCGCUACACAAAACAGGCAUAAGUGACUGUACAAUGUACACAUUCAUACCAGAAGAUCCACUCUCAUCUAAAUGUACUCCUAUUUCAGUUUGUAUUUUGAUCACUGUGUUAUCGGUUUCCAUUUUCUGAAUUUUUAAAGUGUGCAUGACGGUACAGGAUUUUCUUUUCUAUUUUUGGCUGCCUAUAACCAGUAAGUCAAGAAUAGAGUGGGAAUGAUGCUGAUACGGCGGUACAUUGUGGUAUAAGCAGACGACGCCAAGGUGUUUUAUCAUACUAGUGCGGAAUAGUCAUGUACUUGCGCGGAGAAAAGUUCGAACUCCAUCAUAUUGGCUAAUAUUCAAUCACACACAUGUUACUGCUGAUCCAAAAUACUUCUUUGCGAGCUGGUGAAUGAAGGAUCCGAAUUCAAAUAGCGUCGAUUGGCCGUAGUGUUCUAUCCAAGGUAUCGAAGUAAUAUGCCAACGAUAACAGUCUUUGUGGCAAAUACGACCAGUUUCCCCCAUUCCACCUGCAAAGCCAUUUUGGUGAAGUUGGGGCCUUUCUUCCUCUCCGUUUGGAAAGCUGCCGUGUAUCAGUGGGCCAUGGGUACAAUUUUUUUUUUCUGUCGAACGCAUUGACCUGAAAAUCUCACACAAUAAAUCCAGUGUGACCGUCCAUGGAAUAAUGUCACGGAACUACCGGCUUGCCUGCGGAGGGAAUGAAAUCUGAUUCCAAAGCCGCCUAACACAGACAGCCUGAGAGUUGUAUCAUGGUCCGCAGUGUUGAAACGAACCGUGACCCGCAUUUUGAUUCGGACCAGGGCUGGUCGCACGGGUGUCAAACAAGGUUUUUGUUUGGCCCAACAAAGUUCUUUUAUAGUUUGCCAGAUCGUUCAGUUGCAUUGUCCAUAGCAACUGGAGACCUUGAGCGAAACCUUCCCCUCUACUGCGCGCGCCGGGGACGAGGCUUAGUGCUUCUCAGCCAUUGUUUGCACCUGGUGCUUUUGCCAAAUAAGUAAACUUUUGUCGAAACAAUAUGUGUGCGUGCACCGUAAACGAGCAUUUUCCGCUCCACACAACAUCUGCAGUCCACUUGAAUACGGGAUAAACCCAAUCUCGCUUUGCAGUGCACAAGGUAUUGGUAUAGCGGCUUUCGCGUGGCAGCCAUCUUGCAGGGCAGUUCUUUUGUUCCACAGGGAAACUUCCUUUGUGCAUACCCUUUUGAACAAAAGAACUGUCCUGUGAAAUGGCUACCAGGCAAAGCCUCUAUUAAACCUCAACAGCCCUGAAAAAGGGAAUUUGAGUUAUUGCUCUCAACAUGCCACACAUCCAAGCAAGUGCCCAAGUAGUGGAAGGUGCAUCGCCAGUGGAUAAAAAAUGUAUUUAAUCUCGUCGCUCUAAUAUUACAAAAUAUACACAAAAUAUAUUAAAUUUAAUCCUAGUUAUACACGCUGCUUAAGUCGAACUACACUCGCAUAAAAGUACAUGUCGUAACUUGGCAGUCCAUUAAAAGUAACUUUUUUAACAUGUAGA